GCGCCAGUGACCCAGCCCGGAUUUGCAUUGCCGCGGACCGGACCCCCCCCCCCCGGGGCAUCGAGGCAGGAUGGCCGACAUGCACGGACUGAUGGAGAGGCUGGAACGUGCGGUCAGCCGGCUGGAGCAGCUGUCUGCAGAGCCUCUCAGGCCGCCUGGGGCCUGUGGAGAAGUUAAUGGUGUCAAUGGAGACAUGGCACCCUCCGUGGAAGCCUUUGAUAAGCUGAUGAAUGGGAUGGUGGCCGAGUUUUUAAAGAACAGUAGAAUCCUUGCUGGUGACGUGGAAACUCAUGCAGAAAUGGUGCACGGAGCUUUCCAGGCCCAGCGGGCUUUCCUUCUGAUGGCCUCUCAAUACCAACAACCCCAAGAGAACGAGGUGGCUACACUACUGAAACCCAUUUCAGAGAAGAUUCAGGAAAUCCAGACUUUCCGAGAGAGGAACCGGGGGAGUAACAUGUUUAAUCAUCUUUCAGCUGUCAGCGAAAGCAUCCCUGCCCUAGGAUGGAUAGCCGUGUCCCCCAAACCCGGCCCUUAUGUCAAGGAGAUGAACGAUGCUGCUACCUUUUACACUAACAGGGUCUUAAAGGACUACAAACACAGCGAUUUACGCCACGUGGACUGGGUGAAGUCAUAUUUGAACAUUUGGAGUGAGCUUCAGGCUUACAUCAAGGAACACCAUACCACAGGCCUUACCUGGAGCAAGACAGGUCCUGUAGCAUCUACCACAUCAGCAUUUUCUGUCCUGUCAUCUGGGCCUGGCCUUCCACCACCUCCCCCUCCACCGCCUCCUCCAGGACCACCUCCACUUUUUGAGAAUGAAGGCAGGAAAGAGGAGUCCUCUCCUUCACGAUCAGCUUUAUUUGCCCAGCUCAACCAGGGAGAAGCCAUCACAAAAGGGCUUCGGCAUGUCACGGAUGACCAAAAGAUUUACAAGAACCCCAACCUGCGUGCUCAAGGACAGAUUCCAUCUCCCACCAAAACCCAUUCCCCAGGCCCCACGUCUCCCAAAUCUCACGCUCCUCAGAAACAUGCUCCCGUGUUUGAAUUGGAAGGAAAAAAGUGGAGAGUGGAGUACCAAGAGGACAGGAAUGACCUUGUCAUUUCAGAGUCUGAACUGAAACAAGUGGCUUACAUUUUCAAAUGUGACAAAUCUACUCUCCAAAUAAAAGGGAAAAUAAAUUCCAUUACAAUCGAUAAUUGUAAGAAGUUUGGCCUCGUGUUCGACAAUGUGGUGGGAAUUGUGGAAGUGAUUAACUCCAAGGACAUCCAAAUUCAGGUACUAGGGAGAGUGCCAACGAUUUCCAUUAAUAAGACAGAAGGCUGCCACAUAUACCUCAGUGAAGAUGCAUUAGAUUGCGAGAUUGUGAGUGCCAAAUCAUCUGAAAUGAAUAUACUUAUCCCUCAGGAUGGAGAUUAUAGAGAAUUUCCUGUUCCUGAACAGUUCAAGACUGUGUGGGAUGGAUCCAAGUUGGUCACUGAACCUGCAGAAAUUAUGGCAUAACCUCCACUAACUGAAACCCCCUCAUUCAAGUCUCUUUUAUCAUGCAAACAAACAAACAAAAAACACGCAGCAUUAAAGAGCUAGAAGCCACAGUGGCACCUACUGCUUUAGUUUAAGCCUCCAGCAAUUCUGUGCUAUAAAAUCAGUGUCAUUUUCUGGCAUGCUUUGUGGGCAUUUUUGAGAUAUUUAACAUUUCUUCAUAAUUUGCCUUUUUGUGAUUUUAGUUCCACAUAGUAAGUUAUAAGCACUGCAAACUUAAAAGGAAAAAAACAAGAAAAUUAACUCUGUUCCUUCCAUAUCAACACAGCAACUGAUAAGUAAAAAUUCUGCAUGAUUCAAUUCUACACUCAUGUUUAAUUGUUAGCUCAAGAACAAAACCUUUGAGAAUUUGUGUAGAUGUUUGAUAUGGUGUCAUAGCCCCGUACUGGAAGACUAGGAGAUUUUUUUUCCCUUCAUUUUACUACAUGUUCACCUCUUUCUUAGCAUGGAUGCAUCAUUAGCAUGAAUAUUUAUUUCAAUCCACAUUUCUUAAAAGCAUAAGAAAAUUCUAUGGGAGGACCAAAUGCAGUGUGUUGGUCCUUAGAAAACUAAUAUUCUUUGUAGUUACUAAAACACAAAAAUAGGUCUAACUAGGUCUAAUUUUUUAAGCAGGUCACUUGGGAGGAAGCAGUUUCUCUUUUUCCUUUUUCUCUUUUUUCUUUUUCUUUUUGGGAGCAGGUACUGAGGCUUGACCUCAGAGCCUCUUGCUUAGGUAUUUUUUCACUCAAGGCUGAUGCUCUGCCACUUAGCCACACCUCUACUUCCCAACUUUUCUUUUGCUAUAUAAUACCUCACAGUUUUGCCCCAAGAACAAUCCCAUUUUGUUUUCCAGUUUCAAACAUGUUAAGUAUUAGAAAGAUGCUUUGUAAAGGAUGUCUUUCAUGGUUUACCACAGAGGAAUUUCUUUUCCACUUGCCAGGGUUUCUAACCAGUCUCAGAAAUGAACAUGAAAAAGCCAUAGAUGCAUAGCUCCUUCUGAGAUCUGAUGAAUUAUUUGUGGGCUUGGCUUGCUGCUUGUCUUUGGUAGUCCUGAUACAGGCCAUGCAUUCUCAAAAUAAAUAACAUGAUAAUCCUUCAUACCUCUCAAUAUGAAGUGCUGAAAAUUCUGCAACUUCUUGGGUCCCACAUAAUGAAAUGUAGUAUAAUAUUUGCCAAACCCAUACAACCAUAUAUAUAUACACAUACACGUAUAUAUAAUGUGUGUAUGAUAACCUUUGGAUAUAGCAUUUCUGUUUUUAAAUAUCUUGUAUAUCUAUAUAGCUCCUGUACUAAGGUUUUACUAUAAAAGUUUUGUCCAUAUGAAUAAUGUUGUGGCUUUAGUAAAUAUAAUUUUUGAACUGUAAACUUACUCUAAAAUAAAGUAAAACUCUAAUUGUUUAAAUACUA